CGGGGAGGGAGGAGGAAAAGCAUUUGCACCUUCUUUGCUUCCACCCUAAGAAGUCUCCCUGGGAUUUUGCAAUUUUUAAACUUCUCUCCGGGCUCCCUUUUCAUCUCUCCCCUUCUUUCCCUCUCUUGUUUGUGCACCCAAGUCCUGUCUGUGCCCUCGCCCCCGCCUCGCGCGCCCCACGUCCCCGCACUCUCGGAUUCCGCGACUCCUUGGCGGCCGCUGCGCAUGGAGAGCUCUGCCAAGAUGGAGAGUGGCGGCGCGGGCCAGCAGCCCCAGCCGCAGCCCCAGCAGCCCUUCCUGCAGCCGGCAGCCUGCUUCUUCGCCACCGCCGCCGCCGCGGCGGCAGCGGCAGCGGCGGCGGCGGCGCAAAGCGCGCAGCAACAGCAGCAGGCAACCGCAGCUGAGCCCGCGACCGAAGGCCAGCCCUCAGGGGGCGGUCAUAAGUCAGCGCCCAAGCAAGUCAAGCGACAGCGCUCAUCCUCGCCGGAACUGAUGCGCUGCAAACGCCGGCUCAACUUCAGCGGCUUCGGCUACAGCCUGCCGCAGCAGCAGCCGGCCGCCGUGGCGCGCCGCAACGAGCGCGAGCGCAACCGCGUCAAAUUGGUCAACCUGGGCUUUGCCACCCUACGAGAGCACGUCCCCAACGGCGCAGCCAACAAGAAGAUGAGCAAGGUGGAGACGCUGCGCUCGGCGGUCGAGUACAUCCGCGCGCUGCAGCAGCUCCUCGACGAGCACGACGCGGUGAGCGCCGCCUUCCAGGCCGGCGUCCUGUCGCCUACCAUCUCCCCCAACUACUCCAACGAUAUGAACUCCAUGGCCGGCUCACCGGUCUCAUCCUACUCAUCCGAUGAGGGCUCUUACGACCCGCUCAGUCCUGAGGAGCAAGAGCUGCUCGACUUCACCAACUGGUUCUGAGGGGCUCGGCCUGGUCAGGCCAUGGUGCGAGCGGACUUUGGAAGCAGGGUGACCGCCAACCUGCAUCUUUAGUGUUUUUCUCUUCAGCGACGUUGGGAGGGGGAAAAAAGGAAAAACAAAAUAACAAAAAGUAGAAGAGAAGGAAUAAAGGCCAGACAACCAACCCCAAUGCGAACUAAGCGACGCAUGCCGGAGCUGCAAGACUCUUAGAGAACAGGGAUGCCCUCAGAACAGUAUCUUUGCACUCCAACCGUUCACGGAGCUAUAAAGAGCGACUAGGACCUGAGUCAACGCCAAAAUGCAGCUUGUGUGCAAAAAGCCAGUGGGCCCCUGGCGGAAGGGAGCAGCACACGCCCUUGCGCCAAUUCCCACCCACCACUAACAGGCAGAUCUGAAAGCACUUGCUCCGGUGCCUCCACCUCCCCGCCCUCUCUCAAAGCGCAGUUCUUAGCACUCUAGAAAUGGGUUGGUGUCUUUCGUCCCAGCCCCCCCCCCCCCCCCGCCGCAAUCCCAAUAAACUGCGGACAUUUGUCUGCAGUGAAACUAUGCUAUUCUCAGUCCUUUGAAAUCCCCUCUUUGAGGGAUCCCUUUCCCCAAGCCUCACACACCCCUUCACUUGUCUUUUCUACCGUUUCAUUAUAGAAUGCUUCCGAUCUUUUGUGAAUUUUUUUAUUAUAAGAAAAAUCUAUUUGUAUCUAUCCUAACCAGUUUGGGGAUAUAAUAAAAUAUUUUUGUACAUAAGAGAGAAAGAGAGAAAAAAUUUAUAGAAGUUUUGUACAAAUGGUUUAAAAUGUGUAUAUCUUGAUAUCUUAACAUGUAAUGCUAUUACCUCUGCCUAUUUUAGAUGUGUAGUUCACCUUACGACUGCCAUUUUCCAUGUGGUUUUGUAAAAAACUCUCCUGAUAGGUGAGGUCAAAAGGCCACCAGAUGUACUUCAGCACCAAUGUGUCUUACUUUACAGAGACUUUGUUAAUGUAUUAAUGAUGUUAUUAAAUCCUGUUCAAGAAGAACAAAGUUUAUGCAGCUACUGUCCAAACGCAAAGUGGCAGCCAGUUGGUUUUGAUAGGUUGCCUUUUGGGAAAUUUCUAUCACUGCCUCUUUUUUCUUACUAUUUUAUUACAAACUUAAAAAAAAAAAAACAUGUAUAACCCUGUUUUAU